AUGUCCUCAUUCAUCCUCCCCGACUGGAUCGCCGGCUCUCCAGAAGUAGAGGUGACGAUUCCCCCGAAUGUGACAAAGGACCAACUCCUCGCCUUUCGGCCGUUCAAGAACUGGCUUUCCACACUACGGCAGUCAAUCACCAAGCAACACCAACAACGACCACAGCAGCAGCAUCGGUGUGACGACCACAGCCAGAAGCUCCCUAACGGCCACCCUAACUACGACUCUCUCUACCAGCUCCGCCGUAUUGCCGUCCGCUCUGUCGAAUGGGCAGGUCCCCGCCGCAUCCUCUUCGUCCUCCUGGAAAGCGUGGUGCAGAGCGCGAUCGACGCGCGACCUCUCCCGGGGAUCGUCUUCCUACGAGGCGGCAGCGUCGCGAUCCUCAUGAUCGUCAGACCGGACGACGACCCCGUGACGAGAUUCGUCGUCAUGACGCAGCAAGCCCGCGUGCCGGCCGGGAGUUUUGCCUUUUGCGAGAUCCCCGCGGGGAUGAUCGAUGACGAGGACGACGCGUUUGUAGGCGCCGCGGCGACGGAGAUCAGGGAGGAGACGGGCUUGGUCGUCCGCAGGGAUGAGCUUGUCGAUAUGACGGAGCUGGCGGUGCGGGAUGACAAGGAUGACCAUCUGCAGAGAGCCGUGUAUCCUUCUCCCGGCGGGUGUGAUGAGUUUGUUGCGCUUUUUCUGUGCGAGAAAGUCAUGCCCAGGCGGGAGAUUGAGCGGUUGAGGGGGAGAUUGACGGGCAAUAGGACCGAGGGCGAGAAUAUUCAGGUCAGAGAAGGAGUGCUGGGCUAG